AUGUUGGAGUUACCAUUCAACAUGACACUUAAUUUCCCCACAUUGUUUUUCAAGUCCUUGCCUUUUGCUAAGAGCUUGGAGCCUGAAUUAUUGAAUGCCACAAUUGCUCUUGUUGCGGCUGGUCUUACGGCUGCUUAUAUUUACUAUCGCAAGAAACCCAAAGGUUCUCUGGACCCAAACAAUUUCAAAGAAUUCAAACUUGUAAAGAAGACCCAAAUCAGCCCCAAUGCUGCAAGAUUCAAAUUUGCCCUUCCUACUCCUAAAUCGAUAUUGGGUCUUCCUGUUGGAAAAAACAUACUUGUCAGAGGAAGAGAUAGUGAAGGAGAGGAAGUUAGGAGGUCAUACACUCCAAUCACAUUGGAUUCAGAUAUUGGCUAUUUUGAAUUAGUCGUGAAGAUGUACCCAAAUGGAAAAAUGUCCCACCAUUUUAGGCAAAUGAAGGAAGGCGACAGCUUGGCCGUGAAGGGCCCAAAGGGACGUUUCAGUUACAAAGUUGGCCAGGUUAGGGCAUUUGGAAUGAUUGCCGGAGGUUCAGGCAUUACCCCAAUGUUUCAGCUCAUAAGGGCCAUACUAGAAAACAAAAAGGACAAAACAAAAGUGUACCUCAUUUACGCCAAUGUGACGGUGGAUGAUAUCCUACUAAAGGAAGAACUUGAUCACUUUGCUAACACGUUUCCUCACAGAUUCCAUGUCUAUCAUGUUCUUAAUAAGCCUCCUAAUGAAUGGAAUGGUGGCGUUGGGUACAUAUUAAAGGAGAUGAUUGAAUCCCAUUGUCCAGCACCUGCUUCGGAUAUCCAGAUACUUAGGUGUGGUCCACCACCCAUGAAUAAAGCCAUAGCAACUCAUCUUGCUGCACUUGGAUACACAUCAAACAUGCAGUUUGAGUUCUAA